GACGAUGGGUCCUUUCUGGGUCUGAACAACGCAAAAAUCAUUCCACCAGCACCACCUGACGGUGGAAUAAUUAACGUGCGAGUUGGCAUUGCUAUUACGGAUGUCCAAGUCGAAGAGGAAAAUGAGGUUUUACAGCUGGGCUGCUACAUCCGCACCAUAUGGGAGGAUCCCCGCGUCACCUUGCCCGUCGGGGCUUUAUGUCGUCAGAAGCCAGUGCUACUUUACAUACGAAAGAUACCCAAUGGAUAAACAGAGAUGCAAGCUGAGAUUGCAAACAUACAUGUACACUGAUGACGUGAUGCUGGUUUCCUGGCACCACUCUGGUGUGGAGCUGUAUUUCGACACCCGGCCGCGCAGUUUCAAUGUCGAUGAUGUACGCAUUGCCGAGCCAGAGGUCGACUAUACCCUCACCGGGGCCCUGAGUGAGGUCAGCUUCGAGGUGCUGCUGACGCGCAAAGUGCGGAACUCUGUCCUGUCCGUAUUCGUGCCCAGCUUUAUGCUCAUCUUCGUCAGCUGGCUGUCGCUUUGGGUCCCUCCAGAACUGGUGCCGGGCAGAAUGGUGCUGGUGAUCACCACUCUGCUGACACUAACGGGCCUCUUCAACGCCAACGUCCAGAGCAUGCCAGAGGUGAGCUACGUAAAAGCUCUGGACAUCUGGAACCUGACCUGCAUCGUCUUCGUGCUCUUCACUAUCGUCGAGUACAUCGUUGUCCUAAGGUUAUCAUACACUGACAGUUCCAGUCCGCAGGUGGUGCCGGAGAAAAAUGGAAAGGCGGCCUGGACCCUGGAGGGGAGGUGGACCGGGAAGGACAAGGCAGCGCUGCUGGAGAAGGGUUCUCGUGCCUUCCUACCAGUGGCCUUCUUCAUAUUCAACAUUGUCUACUGGAGUUACUACCUGAACGAUAGCCAGGAGUAGACGAGCCUGUGGGCCUGCGGUCCGUAACAGAAGGCUGAUGUGGACGAUGGAUGUGGACAGCGGACGUUCGGUGUGCUGUGGACGUGGUGCAGUGUGGACAGCUGGCAUGGACGGCCAGAGCGCAGCUGCUGUAGAGGAGCAGCUAUUGUAGACAGUUGUGCACGAGGAAGACGGUUGGGGUGGGCGGUCACGUGGACUGUGGACUGUGUGGAGUGUGGAUGGUUAGAGUGGACAAUUGGAGUGGGCACGCUAAGUGGAUUGUAAGUGCGGUUCGUUGAGGCAGCUGUAAUAUACGAUAAGGCCAG